AACACCUGCUGUAUGUUAAGCACUGUCCUGGUUGCUGGAAAUAAAAAACACAAAAUGGUCCCUUCCCUCAAGGAGUUCACCUCCACUUGGGAAAUUACGUACAUCACGUGUGCAGACGAGUAAGCAAAAAUAAUUCAUGGAGGGAAUGUUAAUGUUAAUGAGGUGGCCCUGGGCUGGGCUCUGAAAGGAGCUAGUGGUUCUAGGAGGUGGAGGUGAGGGGGGAGGGCAUUCCAGACCUGGCAGACACUCUGGGCAAGGACCUGGUAGCCGGAAAUGGGGAGUGACCAAUAGGACUUUGAGCAAGCCAGUUUGAUUAUAACAGAGAGUUCAUGAAGGGAAGGAACAUGAGAAGACCAGAAGGGUAGGUGGUAACCAGAUUGGGGAAGGCUGCAAAUGCUAGAAAAGCUGUGGAGUUUGUCGAGGCAAAAGGGAGACGUGGGACAUUUUGGAGUAGUAGAUAAAGAAAAGGAAAAGGAGAAACUGGAGGAAGAUGAAGCAUCUGCGGCUAGCACCAUGGCUGUGUCUGCCUCCCUCAUGCCCCCAAUCUGGGACAAAACGAUCCCGUACGAUGGUGAAUCGUUCCACCUCGAGUACAUGGACCUGGAUGAGUUCUUGCUGGAGAAUGGGAUCCCAGCAAGCCCCACUCACCUGAUUCAGAAUGUGCUGCUGCCCGUGACUGAGUUGGAGGGGAAGGAGUCAGCCAGCUCUUCCACGGCUUCCCCAUCAUCAUCUUCCACCAUGGUCUUUCAGCCCUCAGAGACCGCCUCCAGCACAGAAUCCUCUGUGGAAAAUGAAAGAGAGACCCCCAGUCCCAUUGACCCCAACUGUGUGGAGGUCGAUGUAAACUUUAACCCUGACCCUGCGGACCUGGUCCUCUCCAGCGUGCCGGGGGGUGAACUCUUCAACCCUCGAAAGCAUAAGUUUGCCGAAGAGGACCUGAAGCCCCAGCCGAUGAUCAAAAAGGCAAAGAAGGUGUUUGUCCCUGAUGAGCAGAAGGAUGAAAAAUACUGGACACGCCGGAAGAAGAACAACGUGGCUGCCAAGCGUUCCCGGGAUGCCCGCAGGCUGAAGGAGAAUCAGAUCACCAUCCGUGCUGCUUUCCUGGAGAAAGAGAACACAGCCCUCAGGACGGAGGUCGCUGAGCUGCGCAAAGAAGUGGGCAAAUGCAAGAGCAUCGUCUCCAAGUAUGAGACGAAAUACGGACCCUUGUAAGCACCACCCCCUCUCCGUGUUAGACAUCUCUGCCGGGGGACUCCCAGAGCGAGUGUGUGGGGAGGCGUUGGGGCUCACCACAGCUAGCGGGAGGUCUGCUGCUCCCAGCCUGGCUCGUGCCAGGGCCCUUCUGCCCAAGGGGGUCCCGCAAGGCGCAUCUGGAGGACUCGGUAACCCCUGACUCUGGGGGGCAGGAUUCCUCGCUGGUGGGGAAUGAAGGGACUCUGUUGAGAUGGGUGGCGAGGGCUCAGCUUUCUGCCCUUGGACAUCCCUGUUGGAUUGGAAAGGGGACCCUCUGGAGUGUACAGCCUCCUUUCACUGAGUGCUCACUCUCUCUUUGACUUUCCUUCCAUUUUAGAUCUGGGCUAACAAGGGCUGCCUCUCUGUGGCAUCUUGGAGUGGUCCCUGGUUUUUCCUGCCCUCACAUCCCAUCAGAUAGCAGGGUGUGUUGGCCAGGUAGGACAUCAUUGUUGUCCGGCUCCACCCAGGAAAAGAGGAAGGACUGUGUGCAGUAGGAAAGGCCUCUUUGCAGCCUCCUCAGAGAGGUGGGCAUGACACAGAGCCUGGGGUUUCUCCAGGGUCUUGCUGUCAACAGCCGGUGAGCGUGUCUUUUAGUGCCUGCAUUAGAACCAGAGCUAAACAUGAUCAUAGAAGAGGUGGGGAAGCUGAAGCAGCCAGGGCUUAGGAAUCACCACUGGCUUGGAUGGAGCCUCUGGCCAUUGUCGUCAUGGCCAGCAGGACCAGGAAGACCUGUGAAUAUCAGAGUGAGGCGUUUGCCACCCGAGCUUGCACGCACUGCUUCAUCGUGCCUGCCGUGACCAGAUUUUUAAGAUUCCAGAUGCUUUAGACAAACUAGGGAGGAAGGAAUUUUCUUUCUAGGUGGUCCUGGUGUGCAGAGCCUGUGGUUUGGUUUAGAAAACUAGGCCUCCCUGCUUGGAAGCAGGCUGAGGUUAGUGGUCUAGGGAUGCUUGUUGGAUGGAGCACAUCUAGUUCUUGUCUUGGGGAUCAGUACAAUGGCUUUGCCCAUCUCUGCCAAGAGCUGUGGGCAUGAGCUCUCAGCACGAUCUCAUCUGAGUGCCAUCUCCUUGGCUGGCGAUGAGUCACAUGCAAGCAUAGGAUCUGGGGCUGCUGGAGAUGAGCAGAUUGGAAGAGAAGAAAGACUUGAGUUAGAAGGUUGUAAGUCCCAAAGACCCCUUCUGUCCCAAGGCGGCCUAGCCUCGUGCCCCACUUCUCUUCUGGCUGUCGUGGGGAGGAAGGCAAAGCCAGCUUUUUCCUUGACUUUUGUAGCUGGUGCUUGCCCUUUUGAGUAUAGAUUUGUCUAUUUUCUCCGUACUGAUGAGACCCUUCAGAGACCCUUGGGCAAAUGGAAAAGCCCUCAAGUCGUCUGGGAUUCUUUCAAGGGUAGGAAGAGGGAAGGGAAGGUGCAUGUGUCAGAAGAAAACCGAGAUACGGACAAAAUUGUCACACUUAACACUUUGCUUUAUUUAAAGUGACCUGUCAGAUUCCGAGUAACGUCACUCUAAAGACUUUUAACAAACCCGAAUGGUAAAAACCACAUGUGAAAUCACCGCAGUGGACAGUGAGGUCCAGGAGACUUGCCACAUCUGGUGACGAUGGCCUACUGCCUGCCUCUGUGGGUGGCUGGAGGACAGUGCCUCCUUCAGUGUCUCCUGGGGCUUCUGGCUGGAGGGUGAAAACCCUACAGACACACACGACUUCUCCCUCUGAGAGAGGGCCAGACUUGAGUGUCAUCGUCUUGGGUCAGCUCUUUGACCUGGGCAGGCUGGCUGCCCACCAUGAGGGCAGGUCUCGUCUUGCUGUUGGGGAUGAUGUUAGCAUAAUGUGUCUUAAAUUUCUUUGACCAUACGGUAUGGUUUAUAUAUAGGUACAUAGAUAGAUGUGUGUAUAUAUUUAUAUACAUAUAUAUACCUGUUUUUAAGAAUAAGCACUGUUAACCAUUUUUUCAAUGCUAUGGGUCGGGUUGCCAUUCUGUUUUCUGAUUCACGUUGGUGGGACAGUGUUGUAGACAUCUUUUCACGUCUUCUCUCCCACCUCUGUACUACCUUCCUCAGACGGGGUAACCAGGGCUCCCAUCCCCCAGAGCUUUCUUGAGAGGGGAGGGGCUUCUGUGCCAAAUGUAAGUGCUGUGGUACAAGCUGGCGGGAGGAAUGGGGGCGUGGGCAGGGAAGGAUUGGGUGCUGUCCUGCACUCUGUCCCCAGCAGGACAAAAACUUGGGUCCACGCAGAACCAGAAGGGAGGAGGGGGCUGGGUCACUGGGCCCCUUGACUCCCAGCGGCCCCCUUUCUUCUGCUGGGCUGACAAUGAGGACGUGAGAGGCCCAGAGACUAAUUCUAUCUUCUACGAAGAGUCUUUCAGGAGCAAAGGAAGGAUGACAUCUUGGAGCCUGGCUGGGCACUCUCCCGUUUGUUUCCCUAGCAUCCUCCCUUCAUUUUCCUAUGGAGGAGCUCCUUUAGUGAUACUUCAGAAAUGGCCAAUCAUGGAUAAGCUGGAGGGUUAGAAGCCUAUACAGAAAAAUAAACGUAUACAGAUCACUUGGGAUGUCGGCCUGUGGGGAGAAGAGGCCACAGCUGGCCAGUAGAGAGUGGAUGGGCAGUGCCAGUUGAGUGAGGGGGCUUGGGCCCUCUAGUCUUGGCCGUCUGCUCAUUGGGCCGCCCCAGUUACGAUCACGCAGACACCCUGCAGCCUCUGAUGGGGACUUUGCUCACAUUUCUGCUAAUGUAGCACAAUAAAUUUUCUAGAAAAUGGAAAAAAAAAAAGACAAUUGUAAGACAGCUGUUGUCCUUACUGUGUUUAUGGUGCCAGAAGACUACAUGUUUAUUUUUCUAUGUGUUGGAGAGUUUGGGGCAGAUGGACUGGGAUGGAAGAGGAUGCUUUCUGUCUCCCACCGGGGUGUGUGUCUGGGGGAUGCCUGGGAUGGCAGGUAAAGGGGAGAGGCCCCUGUUUGGUGGCUGUGUCUCUGUGUGAGGUUUCAAGGAUGAGGCAGGAAGGAAGCCAAGACUCCUCAGCUGAAGACCUUCCAAUGCUAUAGUCCAUUGACCAUGUGUGUCCUCAUAUGUGCGUGUGUUACUGCUUGUGGGGUGAGAGGGGUGGACUGGGAGAGGGGUGGGAAGUGGGCAUGUGACCUUCCCAGAAAACCCCAAAGAAUUAAAUAU